ACAGGUAUAUACAAUCAUUUGUAUUUCUAACCCACCACAUGGAGGACUCACAAGGGAAACACGCCGGUUCCAAAGGAUUUCGGGCUUUGGAAAAUCUAAAACAGGAUAUCGCCUACAACCACUAUUUGAAUUCGUUUGUCAAGCUGGAGGACAGGCGGUAUCUGCCCAACGAUAAUAUCAUACAUCAACUAGUCCCCCUGAGGUUCGCAGUGGGAACAAGCGUGAUGACGCCCACCCAGUUCAACGAGGAGCACUUCUCCCCACUGGGAACGCGCUUCUAUUUCAGCGAUCAUAAUGUCACCAAUGAUCCACUGACUAUGGCACUUCUCAAGAGAGAAAAGCUGAAUGCAACUAAAACGAUUUCAACCAUCGUAUUCGUGAGCACCCGAGACUCCAAGGGCUUCAAUAUAUCCGGCUACAUCGACUUGGAACACAGUUUGCGCAGGUACAAGACCGCUGGAUCGAAGUCUCAUCCGUGGGCAGAUAUUUUUGCCGGUCGCCGCCGCCUGGAGCCCAAUCAACAUGAUCUGAGCUUCAUCAAUUGGAGCAACGGCAGGGUGUUCUCCAAUGACUCGGAUAACUACAAGGUUAUUCCGGAUGCCGUCAAGGGUUUGUGCUUCGCGCACAAGGGCGAUGGUUCGAUGCUCAGCAUAGAGAAGUAUAUAACCGAAGAGCAUCCGUUGUGCAAAUUUAUAGAAUCACCGAAACACGGAUCCACUGUCGUCUACGAUCAUUAUAUACGGCGAAAGAUGUGAUUGCUGCCAGUUCACAUUAUAAUCGAAACAUAAAUUCAGAAUGCACUUCAACCGAUCAUCAAAGAGCUUUUCCUGGCAAUCAACGAAUUUUAGAAAUCAAAACAAUAUCGUGAUCAUGAAGCUGGCAGCCAGGGAGAGGAUAAACAAUCGCCAGACUGACUGAUGCCGCCGACGUCAUGGACAAGCGUCGCAGGGAAAUGCGCGAGAGCACGUUGCGUAUACGACAUGUGGUACGGACUCUCCGCUGCCGUGAACUGGAGAGAGUUUCCCCCAGCUGAGAUCCCAUUCUUGGCCGUGCCAGUGAGUUCCGGCAGUCAGUAGGCGUGCGAAGCGCUCCAAGACUGGGUGCUUCCGUUGCGUGAAAAUAAAUUGUGUAGAA